UCUCUGACCAUCUCUUGUAGCAAAGUCCUUUCUUUUCAACUCCAUAUUUUUUACUUUCCUUCUCUGAAAGUGUCUUCAGGAGUUUGAAUUUGCAUGCUCCUCCGUUUCCUGUGUUUCUUCCUUCAAAUCUAUCUCUUUUCCGUUCUUUUAGUUGGUUAUAGCUAGUUUGCUCUUCCUCGCUCGCUCCCAUUUGAUAUUCUCUCUCUCUCUCUCUCUAAAAUGGGUUCUGGCAUUUAUUGCAUUCCUAGCCAGAGAGUUAUUUAUUUUACCAUUUUCAUUCUAAUCACCUACUUGAUGAGCGCUUCUCUAUUGGAAUUCAGAGCUGAAGGUAGAGCCAUUCUUAAGCACACUGACCUUUCCAAGGAACAGGCAGAGAGUGAAUCAAAGGCAAGUGUGAGGAGAAUUGAGAUAGGGUCGGCACCACCAAGAUGCGAGAGGAAGUGCAGCUCAUGUGGGCACUGUGAGGCCAUCCAAGUGCCUGCAAAUCCUCAAGACAAGAGAGGCAACACCUCCCCAGCCUUCAGGGCGGACUACUACUCAAGAGGUGACGAGAGCUCCAACUACAAGCCCAUGAGUUGGAAGUGCAAGUGUGGCAAGUUCAUUUUCAAUCCUUGACCAUCAUAUUUUAAUAGUUUGCUGUUAACAUUUUCUUUUGACUUUUUGUUUUUUCCUUUUUUCCCUUCUUUUGUUUAUUGUGGGGGUAAAACCCUUUUGUGAGACUGUUGUACAUGAAUUCUACAUAAUACUGAUUAGUGUUUGUUUCC